AUGCGAAUUCGAGAUAUGUGGAAAGAGGUAUUGGAAAUUGAAGUGAAUGCCGUUGACCAAGUAUCGAUCCUAUCUAAUCUACCGACUUUUACUUUAACGAGACAAUCAGUCCGAUCAUACCUAAGAGAUCAUAGGAAACGUUAUCCACGCUACAUACCUAAACUGUGCUGCACAUGUCAACGUGGCCGUCCGGGACCCAUGGGACCACCGGGCCCUGAUGGAACAAAUGGCCUCGAUGGUCUUCAGGGCGACCUCGGCCCACCCGGUACAGAUGCUGCUCUACCUCAACGCAUUGUCAAUCUCUAUCACCGAAAUUGUUCUUGUCGAGCACUCGCAGGCCCGCGUGGACCUGCUGGGCCCCGCGGACCGCCUGGACAAUCGGGAAACCCGGGGAGACCGGGUAGAGAUGGUCCACCCGGUCAGCCAGGACCGAUGGGGCCGAUUGGACCACCUGGACGGUCUGGGGCAAUGGGAUUGAGAGGACCGGCAGGACGACCAGGCGUGCAGAAGAGAGGAAAGCUUGGUCGUCGGGGACCAGUUGGUCCACCAGGACGACCAGGUAGAGCUGGAAAUAGAGGACGUCCUGGACCCGAAGGGCCUAUUGGGCCACCGGGACGGCCUGGCUUACCAGGACCACGAGGGCGCAACGGUUCUCCGGGUUGGCGAGGCCCACCAGGUAUACCUGGUCAAGUGGGUGAACCUGGACGUGAUCCAUGCGCCCAUUGUAGAAAAUAA